AUGAGUGUAGAGUCGGGUCACUGUUCGGUGAGUUCGGGCGCCGACUCGGCUGUCAUCGCGUCGAUUGUGUCGCGCGUCAAAAGUGGGGGUAUUUUCGAUCAGUUCCGACGCGAAUGCCUUUCGGACGCCGACACGAAGCCAUCGUUUCAGAAUCUGUUGCAGAGAGUGGAGGGCUAUGUCUCGAAGUUCUUGAGCCAACAGAAGUGGAGCCCAAAUAUCAAUAAAAACCAAUUGAGAGAAAGGCUUCGCAAACAAAUCAAUGAGUCAGGAAUGCUUAAGUAUGGUAUCGAGCAUUUGGUGGAACAAGUGGUCAACUAUAAAAUCAAUUCACUGUUUUGGCCGCAGAUUGAAAACGUGGUCAAAGACUUCCUCGGCAUUCAAGAUAUUCAA